UUAUCAAUCGAGUUUAAUUUUUCCUUUACACAAGUCUAAUUGGUUGAUACUUUCGGGUCGUUUUUGGCACGUGCGGGCCAACCCAGGGUCUGUCCCUUUGCCUAUGUGGCACGCGCUCCGGGCGCUCUUGGCAUGACGCAUAUGCUGAGCAAUCUCUGUUCCGAGCGGAGAUUCUUUUCGUUUCCUAGCGCAGACGGACACUUAGGAGGUUUUUGCCUCUUCUCACCUGUCCGUCGUCGCGCUAGGUAUGUUCAUGACUUCUUCUUUAUGUGACUAUAUCUCACCUGUCCGUCGUCGCACUAGCAUCUUUAGUUUCUAGCAGCUUUAUAAAAUUCAUCGCAUUCUGCUCAUCCAUGUCGGAACAUGAACCCUCCUCCUCACAAACUCAAUCUUCCGUCCGAAGAGGAGUAUCAACCGACUAUCAUAAUUCCUACAACUCCGAAGUCAUCGAACGAUGUCUCAAAUUUGUCGUUGAUUUCAGAAAGCAUAAAAUCCCUAAGGGAAGAGCCGUUCUUGGAAUCCAGCAGGAGCUGGCAGCAGCCUCCGAUGAGUCAGACCCGUCCUAUGCAGACGGAUUCGCACAUUAUCUUGAAAUCCUUGACUCUGUCACGACUCACCAAAGAAGCUCAACCGGAAACAUUUGAUAGAAGUCAAAGAUCGUCAUGUGCGGCAGAGCUCGACGACUCAGAAAUUCCCCUAUCAGGGUCCUCGAAGAGGAGACGAAGAGGCAGAUCGUUCAGCGAAGAGACUGAGAGUCUCGAUGAGGCAGGAUAUGAAUCCGAGGAUAGUAGAGUCAUCCUGCGAGAGAAGAGGCGAAAACUCUCAGAGAACCAAGUUCAAUUCUACCCAUGGCUCAAUCCUGUCAAAUUCCGCUACCUCUCGCGUUCCCGAGGAAUCAGAGCAACCCUGGAAUGUUACGAGGAAUGGUCCGACGAUCCUAAAUUCUAUCGUACCAAAAUCGUUACCACUCCGGGAUGUCUGAACUUAUCAACCUCUCAAUGGACCCUAUUACUCGAAGGGAAAGCAGUCGAUCUUGACAAGGUCUUCACAGGCCGGUAUUCCACGGCUAUCGACACUAAAUAAUCCCAGCCUCUUGGAAAGGGGUUUGAGCUCACGCUUGCCCAACCCUCAAUUAGCCACAAGGUUAAGACGGCCGGAGAUUGGGGAAUCGUCACUGAUCUUUGGACCCAAGCACUCAGUUUCAUCAUGCCGUGGAGAGAAGAGGAAGUACGAAGCUAUCGAAACUAUAUCUCCAGCAUCUUCGCCAACCACCAUUAUUCCCAUCAUGAAUGAGUUCUCGACUUUGACAGG